GACAUUCGCAACUCUCCACACGCGCACACACAGCAUGAUAAAGAGGACUUCAUUCAUUGACGCGUCAUUUCCCCUUCUGGACCUCCUUUGGAUCUCUGCACACUGUGGGUGCGGCCGGUGCUUUGCCAACUGUCGUUUGCGGGACCUCUGCAGCCAAAUGGCCGAGAGCAGCCUUCAUGGCAAGAGCACAAGCACGUCGACGGAGGAUGUGUUUGACGAUACUUACGUGGAGAAAGUCGGUCCCAAGCCACCCAGGACGCUGGUGUGGAGAAACAUCUGGCUCAUGGCGAUUCUGCACGCCGGCGCUCUCUACGGAGUCUUCCUCAUCCCGACAGCUUACGCACUCACGCUUGCCUGGACUGCCGCGUGCUUCGUCUUCAGCGCUCUGGGCGUGACGGCAGGUGCACACAGGUUAUGGAGCCACAGAUCCUACAAGGCUUCAACGGCCCUCAGGGUAUUCCUGGCUCUUGCCAACUCCAUGGCCUUCCAGAACGACAUUUACGAGUGGGCGAGGGACCACCGCGUCCAUCACAAGUAUUCGGAGACGGACGCCGACCCGCACAAUGCCAAGCGGGGCUUCUUUUUCUCGCACAUCGGCUGGCUGCUGGUUCGCAAGCACCCUGACGUCGCAGAGAAGGGCCGAAAACUGGAUCUGUCAGACCUGAAGGCCGAUAAAGUAGUCAUGUUUCAACGAAGGCACUACAAGCUCUCUGUGUUGAUCUUGUGCUUCCUGGUGCCAAUGUUGGUGCCCUGGUACUUCUGGGGCGAGUCCCUCCUAGUGGGUUACUUCCUGCCCGCGUUGCUGAGGUACACGGUCGGACUCAACGCCACUUGGCUGGUCAACAGCGCCGCGCACAUGUGGGGCAACAGGCCAUACGAUCACACCAUCAACCCCAGGGAGAACAACUUUGUGGCCUUCAGCGCCAUAGGGGAAGGCUUCCAUAACUACCACCACACGUUCCCUUUCGACUAUGCCACCAGCGAAUUCGGCUGCAGGCUCAACCUCACCACUGCCUUCAUCAACCUCAUGUGCUUCCUGCGUCUGGCCAGCGAACGCAAGAUGGCGUCCAAAGAGAUGAUAGCGGCCCGCGUGCAUCGGACGGGCGACGGUAGCGCUAAAAAUGGCUAAGUUGGACUUUAUUAUGAUGGUGAUGAUUAUUAGGAGAGAGACAGGCAAUAAGUUUCAUUCACAUACCAAAUCAAUAACGACGGGAUGAUAUCGGGCUGGUUUAUUGAGAUUCAUGUUUGCCCUUUUCCGCUGCACGUUUCUAGCAGGUACUGUUUCGAGUACCUGAUCGUUCAAGUUGAUCAUGAGUCGUAUUGGAAUAUUUGAGGUUAAAUCGCUAAGUUAAAAAAAACUAAUUUGGUUACGUUGCCUUGCACUCUAUGCAUUUGUUCAAUUUCGACCAGACAUGUUGACUGUGCAGUGGUGAAUGUGAAAUGUGUUGACGAAUUCAGUGAAUUGCAGAAUCAUGAAUUAAUUUAUGUGAUAUUUAUUAACAAUCGUGCCAAUUUUGAAACUUUGACAAUUAUGUUUAUGGUUAAGAACCCGUCCACAUAGUGGGAGUUUAUUUUUGCUUUUAUUUUGGACCAUAAAUACAAAAGAAUCUGUAAAAUCCAAUUUUACAAUUACAGACCCCUCUAAUUCAGACUUUUUUUUUUUUUUUCCACAUUAUGUAAAGAAACAAUAGCCGUACUAAACUACAGCACAAGCUCUGCUCUGUUCAAGGUUAACAUCUCAUAGUCAUCUAAACCAAUUUGACAUGUGAAUUAAAUACAAUGCAUACCUUUUUGGUUGGAAGCUAAAAGUCAAUGAGUUUAUGUGCAGCGCUCCAAGCACAGGUGCCUCUCCCUGGUAUGUUUAAGAUGUUAUUUUUGAUUUGAAGAUAAAGGUUGAUCAGAUAGGAAUGUCACGUGUGGGAAAUUAAUAUGGUUUAAUACUAAUAUAAACAAAUGCACAUAUGACUAAAAGUGUUCCUUAGACAUUCUUUUGUGUUCACUGAUAAACCAAAAAAGCCAGAGCUUUUCAGAGAAUGUGUAUUAUAUAUAAUAAACACAUUUUUAUACCUGA